AUGGGCCGCCGCCGCCUGCCGCUCUGGCUGUGUGCCGUCGCCGCGCUGCUCUCCGGGGCCCAGGCCAAGGGCGCCCCGCUCCUCGCGCGGCCCGCGCCGCCCGGGGCCGCCCGGUUCAGCCUCUACACGCCGGGAUGGCGCCCGCGCCCGCGCCCGCACAAGGCCCUCUGCGCCUACGUGGUACACAGGAAUGUGACCUGCAUUCUACAGGAGGGAGCUGAGAGCUAUGUAAAGGCUGAGUACCGGCAAUGUGGAUGGGGGCCCAAGUGCCCUGGGACUGUCACGUACCGCACAGUGCUCAGGCCCAAGUACAAGGUCGGCUACAAGACAGUAUCAGACCUCGCAUGGCGUUGCUGCCCCGGCCUCACUGGAGAAGGCUGCCCGGAACACCUCCCGGGUCACGGGGCCGCUCCAUCACAGCCAGAGCCCCCCAUUCCUUCUGGGGAGCUGGGCCCUGGCCCCAGACUCCCUCCUCCUGGCAGAGUGGCUCCUAGCCUCCACGGAUGGAAAGGCCCUGGGUUGUUUGCUGAGCGGCUCGAACGUCUGGAGGUGGAUGUUCAGCGCCUGACACAAGCAUAUGGGACCCUCAGUGGCCUGGUGGCUAGUCAUGAGGACCCCACUAGGAUGAAUGGUGACUCCAGGGCUCCUGCUGCUCCCAUGGGCUUUGGGGUCAUCCCUGAAGGCUUUGUCGGCCCCGGAGAUGGAGCUGGCAGGCUGACACCAUCCCUGAAUGAGCUAUUGAACAAGGUGACAGAGGUGAGUGACACGCUCCGGACAAAGGCACUGCUGUUGGAUGAGGUGCGAGGGAUGGCCCUUGGCCACGAGGCCCACCUGCAGCGGCUGCAGGCUGCAGCCCCAUCGCCGCUCACCUCCCUGACCCUGUUGGAUGAGUAUGUGGACCAGCGACUGCACAGGCUCUGGGGCAGCCUGCUGGAUGGCUUCGAGCAGAAGCUGCAGGAUGUCCAGAGCGAGUGCGGCCUGCGGGUGCAGGAGGUGCAGCGCCGGUGUGAGGAGGGCCAGGCGGCCAGCCAGAAGUUGCACCAGAGCCUGGAUGGCCGUGAGCUGGCCCUGCGCCGAGAGCUCUCGCAGCUGGGCACCCGACUGCAGGGCCUGAGCGUGGUAGGUGGGGGCACCUGCUGUAGUGAGUUGGCAUUGAUUGGGGCUCGUGUGGACAGCCUGGAGCGGCAUCUACAAGUGGUCCCCGAAGCACCAAGAGGCCACGGCACCCCCAUUCGAGAGGAGCUCACGAGGCUGUCCACUGCCAUGCUUGAUGGGGGUGUGGACGGGCUGCUGGAGGAUCUGGAGGCGCUCAAUGGGACAGAGCAGGGCAUGAGGCGCUGCUGUGCAGGGGUGGAAGAGGAGGCGUGGGGUACAGGAGGCUUUAGGACCCUGCUGGAAGGUCGGGUACAGAGUCUGGAGGAGCGCCUGGUGACCCUGGCCGGGGAGCUCAAUGGGGACGGUGCCCUGCCAGGCAGAGUAGCACAACCACCCAUGCAAACAGAGCUGGCAGUGCUGGAGCAGCGGCUGAUGUCAUUGGAAACCUCAUGCACCCCCAGUGCCACCUCUGCUGUCCUGGACACUCUGGCAGCUGAGGUGAAGGCCUGGCAGAGCCAGAGCGAGGCCCUGCUCCGCCAGGUGACCAGCCACACAGCCCUACUGCAGCAGCUCCGUGGCACUGUGGCCGAGGUCCAGGGGCAGCUGGCGGAAGCAGCGGGUAGCUCCCUGCAGGGCGAGGUCACCCUGCUCAAGGUGAACCUUAACUCAGUGACCAGGUCACUUUCAGGUCUCAGCGACUCCGUCAGUCAGUACACAGAUGCUUUCCUGGCUGCUAACUCGUCCCUGGAUGAGCGGGAACGCAGGGUAGAGGCUGAGGUCCACGCCAUCCAGGAGCAGCUCAGCGGCCAGGGAUCUCGGCUCCAUGCUGGCCAUAGGCAGGUCCUCAAUCUGCAGGGCGAACUGGAGCAGCUCAAGGCUGGAGUGGCCGAUGUGGCUGGUGGGCUAAGUCGUUGCAGAGACACGGCCCAGGAACUGCAGCACGCGGUGGGCCACUUUGACCAGAGGGUGGCCCAAGUGGAAAGUGUGUGUGGGAGACUUGGCCUGCUGGGUUCUGGCCUGGACAGCUCACCCAGUGAGACACCCAGUGGGCCCCGUGAGGGCCUGUGGGCCCACCUAGAUCAACUGAACCGCACACUGGCCCAGCACGCCCAGGACAUCGCCCGCCUCCGGGACGACUUGCUAAACUGCCAGGCACAGCUAGCUGAGCAGGAGCGGCCCGGGAGAACCAACUAGGUGGGCUGGGCGGAAUCUCACCUCCAGACCCCACCAAACAUGGGGACAGCACCUAGAGCCCAGACUGUGCCUCCCUGCUGCCAAAAUCCCCACCUGUGCCUUCUUAACAUGCUGAUCAAGGACAGCAGGUGGGCCUCAUGUGGCCCACUCACA